GCAACUGGAGGCUGUCAUUGCAAAAAUGACAUAGGAAAAUGCUUCUCUGUUGUAACUUGUUCCGUCAGUCUCCCGUAAGCUGCUGUUCUCAUGUUUACCUCCCUGAGUUGGGUUUCUGAAGGAAAUUGUUUCAUGCUACCAAGUAGAAAGCACUUAAAGGAAAUGCAGCUUAAGAAAGAGUGAUACUGUUAAGUUAAAUAUUAACCAGAUUCAAACAAGUUCAAGAGCAUUUCAAGUGAGGUUAGCUUGUUGGGCUGGUGAACAAGAACGAACUGAAGCAGUGAAGAAUAGGCAUGGGGAUACUCUAUUCAGAGCCAAUUUGUCAGGCAGCUUAUAAUAACGAUUUCAAUGAAGUUCAGCUCCUUUUGGAGCGCAACAGCAACUAUCUCAACAUCCAGGACAGCUUUGGUGGAGACACUCCAUUAAUUUGUGCAUGCAAACAGGGAAACAACAGGAUUGUUAGCUAUCUUCUGAAAAGAAAUGCCAAUGUCAACCUCAGAAACAAGAAAGACCGCACGUGUCUGCAUUAUGCUGUGAGAAAACGGUUUACCUUCCUUGACUAUGUGCUCAUCAUAAUCCUCAUGCCAGUUAUGCUUAUUGGAUAUCUUCUCAUGGUCUCAAAGACUAAACAGAAUGAAAACCUGAUCAACAUGUUGCUGAGAGCUGGAGUGGAUGUUAAUGCUACAGACUUUUCUGGUAGCACAGCCCUUCACUAUGCUUGUGAAAUGAAAAACCAGGCAGUCAUACCUCUACUGCUUGAAGCUCACGCAGACACUUCUGUAAAGAAUCAGGAUGGGGAGACUCCCUUAGAUAUAGCAAGAAGAUUGCAGUUCCACGACAUUGAAAGCAUGCUAAGGAAAAGUUCCUAGUCAUCAAGGACUCCUGAACAUGCAGAAAAUUACCUCAUCUGGCAAUCCAUCUUGCACAGCAGCAGGAGUCCUGCAGAGGGUUGAGGGCUGUUACUUGGUAAAGACUUGGCCCAAAUCCUCCCAUUCCUUACUGCAGACUUUGACUAUUUUGUGUGAGCCUUGUCAGUACCCCCAAGGCCACAUGGGCUGAAAGGAGUUCAUUUUACUCUACUAAGCCAUGAACGAUUACAAUAGU